AAGCUCAGUCUUCGGAAAACAUAUAAUGGCACGGGUUAGGGGGGUUGUUCUUUUAUCGUUGUUAUGUCUUCAUGCUUUGGCAGUGAGUGUUGUAACUGCGAGGGAUGAUGUGACUGUGGACAAAAAUGAGGGGAAAUUCUUGAGUAGCAAGAAGGGAGGAGGAUUUGGUGCUGCUGGUGGAGGAGGUGGAUUUGGUGGUGGUGGAGGCUUAGGAGGCGGGCAUGGCAUUGGUGGUGGGUUUGGUAAAGGUGGUGGACUUGGCGGAGGAGUUGGCGGUGGUGGUGGGUUUGGAGGUGGCGGUGGUGGAGGCUUAGGUGGUGGCCAUGGCAUUGGUGGGGGGUUUGGUAAAGGUGGUGGACUUGGUGGAGGAGUUGGUGGCGGUGGUGGGUUUGGAGGUGGCGGUGGUGGAGGCUUAGGAGGUGGCCAUGGCGUUGGUGGUGGUGUUGGCGGUGGGUUUGGUAAAGGUGGCGGUUUGGGCGGGGGGAUUGGAAAGGGAGGAGGACUUGGACGUGGGGCUGGCGGUGGUUUUGGUAAGGGCGGUGGAGUUGGAGGAGGCGUUGGCAAAGGUGGAGGACUUGGUGGAGGCAUUGGAAAGGGUGGUGGACUUGGUGGAGGAAUUGGAAAGGGUGGAGGAUUUGGUGGAGGAAUUGGAAAGGGUGGUGGACUUGGUGGUGGGAUUGGGAAGGGUGGUGGACUUGGUGGUGGUAUUGGCAAAGGUGGAGGCGUUGGCGGUGGGAUUGGAAAGGGUGGUGGACUUGGUGGUGGCAUUGGCAAGGGAGGAGGUCUUGGUGGUGGGAUAGGUGGAGGAAUUGGGAAAGGUGGUGGAGUUGGAGGUGGCGUUGGUGGUGGAGUUGGAGGUGGCGUUGGUGGUGGAGGUGGAGGUGGAGGUGGAGGUGGAGGUGGAGGUGGGGUAGGAGGCGGCUUCGGAGGAGGCUUUGGUGGGGGAUUUGGGGGAGGAGCAGGAGGUGGUGGUGGUUUUGGAGGGGGUGGUGGUGGUGGUGGUGGGGGUGGUGGAGGUGGAGGUGGAGGUGGAGGUGGAGGUGGAGGUGGGGUAGGAGGCGGCUUCGGAGGAGGCUUUGGUGGUGGAUUUGGGGGAGGAGCAGGAGGUGGUGGUGGUUUUGGAGGGGGUGGUGGUGGUGGAAUUGGACACCACUAAACUAUAUACGUCGCGCUUCUUCAUAAUGCAUGCUUGCAUGGAUGGACUAGUAAUUUAUAAAAAUUCAAAUCGUAUAAUUACUUAUUAUAAAGGCAUGAUUCACUUACAUGUCUCGUAUCGUUGUCUAACUUUUAUUUUAUAAAUAUAAUAUUAUUACGUAUUAUCUUAAAUUAGUAAUCUGUAUUACCAUAUGUGAUCGAGAGAUUUUGUUUGCUUCAGCAAACUUGUGGUACCAUCUAUCAGAACGGGUAGUUAAUCUUCAUUCAAUAUAUAUAGUACCAUCAGUUAUUCUCUCCCAACAACCAAGUCGUUUCACUUUGGUGCAUUUUGAUUUAUUCU